AAAGUGUUUUUAAUCAUUAAACACAUUAUUAAAGCUGUUUUUAAAUUGAACUUAAAAAAGUUUAAUACUGAUUUUGUUAAGUCAGUAAAAUGUCUAGCAAACCAAGUUCUAAACGAACAAUAUAUGUUGGCGGUUUAGCGGAAGAGGUUGAUGAAAAAGUUUUAAAUGCGGCUUUCGUUCCUUUUGGAGACUUAGUCGAUGUACAAAUACCCCUAGAUUACGAGACGGAGAAGCACAGAGGUUUUGCCUUCGUUGAAUUUGAAAAUGCCGAAGAUGCUGCAGCAGCUAUAGAUAACAUGAAUGACUCAGAAUUGUUUGGUCGAACAAUAAGAGUUAAUGUAGCUGCCCCGCAAAGGAUAAAGGAGGGUUCCACCAGGCCGGUGUGGUCUGAGGAUAGCUGGCUGCAGAAGCAUGCUGGUGAAACACUGACUAUCAACAAGGAGGGAGAAGAGGAGACUACUAAGGAUAAAACAGAAGUGUCAGAUUCAAUUCCAGCAAAGCCUACAGAGAAACGCAACCCACAAGUCUACUUUGAUGUGUGCAUCGGAAAGCAGGAGCUCGGAAGAAUAAUAAUGAUGCUUCGAGCAGACAUAGUGCCCAAGACUGCAGAGAAUUUCAGAGCAUUAUGUACACAUGAAAAAGGCUUUGGUUAUCAAGGAAGUAGCUUUCAUAGAAUCAUACCUGAUUUUAUGUGUCAAGGAGGUGACUUUACAAAUAAUAAUGGAACAGGAGGUAAAUCAAUAUACGGUCGCAAGUUUGAAGAUGAAAACUUUACGCUAAAGCAUACAGGACCUGGUAUAUUGAGUAUGGCAAAUUCAGGACCUAAUACAAACGGAUCACAAUUCUUCUUAUGCACUGCCAAGACGGAUUGGUUGGAUAACAAACAUGUGGUUUUCGGCCACGUGAUAUCUGGCUUAGAUGUUCUCAAGAAGAUGGAAAGGUACGGCAGCAAGAGCGGCACAGUCUCAGCCAAAGUCACAAUCAGCAAUUGUGGAGAAUUACAAUGAUUUUUAAUUUU